CAACAACUUCCGCUGCAACAGAACAAGAGAGGAAGCUGCCGUUAGUGUCAGAUUCAGCGGGACUGAGUCCGAGUUCUUCUCUUCUCCAGAUCGGAACCAAAGUAAUCCGGACUGCAGUGAUCCAUUCUGAGAAGGAUCUGUUUCCAGGUGUCGGUGGGUCCCGGAACACACCUGGAGGACCCGCUGGUGAGUAAACCUGUAGAUCACCUGGAUCCAGGACUGAACCCAGACAGCUGAUUGGACCUCGGACCUCUUCAGGACAUGAGCAGCUCGGCUCAGAGGAAGCGGCGGCCCGCCGGAAACUCUCUGGUCUCCAGAACCAAGACCAGCAGAGCGGCCAGCGGUCGGACCCGCAGGACAGCCGGCGCCGGAGACCACGCCCCCCCCACGGAGCCCAUCGACGUGAUGGACGGCGCCGAGGACGGUGUGGAGGAGGUGGUGGACCUCACCUGCGAGGGAUCAGAGUCUGCUGUGGUUGACCUGACGACCAACAACGAGUCGGAGCUGCUGGUGGACGAAGGGCCUCCAGGUGAGAGCUAUGUACUCAGCAGUGAUGAAGAUGAAGACGCGCCCACUGUCGUUCAAGCUGCCAUCACCUCUACUGCACACACGUCCAGGUUGACUCCAGGUCUCAUCAGCUGUCCCGUCUGUCUGGACCUGUACUCCGAGAUCGUAGAGAGCGGGCGAUUGGUCGUCUCCACGAAGUGCGGCCACGUGUUCUGCAGCCAGUGUCUGAGGGACGCUCUGACAUCAUCACACACCUGCCCCACCUGCAGGAAGCGGCUCACUUCGCGCCAGUACCACCCUCUUUACAUCUGACACCUGGUGACAUCAUCAGCGGACUGAGCUGCUAUUGGCUGUCCUCAGUGGCGUCAUCGUCGACAGUAAUCAGCAGCGGUUGCUGAAAAUAUUUUUUUUUAUAGUUUGGGUUUAAAGAUGGCGGAUUGAAUGAUGUUUUCCUAUUAAAUAUUAUGGAGUAACAACGGCUGCUUGACUGAUUGGUCAGAUGGCAUCAGGCCCCGCCCACCAGGUCAACCACUCAACUCAGAGAACUAAAUUCAAACUAUCAUGGUUUCCAUUGUUUUGAUUUCUAAAAUUCAUUCUUAUAAAAUAAGGAGUACCGCAGAAGGUCCAGCAGGGGGCGUGGUGUGACUCCAGUGAGUCCUGCAGCUGCUGUUUGAAGGUUCUGGUUCCGGUUUAGUCAUUUCAUUUCAUCUGUAAUUUAAACUUUUAUCUGUCACCUUUUUAAAUAAAAUCUGUUCUCAAAUUAUUUAAUUUCCUCCAAAGUUUAUUUUUACUUGCUGUUUGGACUCUGGGAGCACCAGAACCGAUCAGGUCCAUAAAUCUGCAGUUACCUCGUCACAACAGAACCGGUCCGAUGGGAAUAACUGUUCUGGAUCUGAAAAAGGUUCUGGAGACUCUGGAAGUUCUACGUGUCGGGGAGAAAUCACUUCUGAAGGAGUUCCUCAGGGUUCUGCUGUUUAAUCAUUUAUAUGAAAAUCUGCAACUGUAAUAAAAAUGCUAAUUAUCGUUUCUGUCUGCAUUCAACAUAACUUUAUCAUCAGUUCUAAACUCACUCAGGAGUUAAAUCCUAACUGUUUACUGUUGGCACAGAAAUCAAAAUGGCCGUUUUUUUAGGAUCUAGUCCAGUUGAUCUUUUAAAGCAAAAUAAAAACUUGUAACUUGUCUGUCUUGGUUUUUGCUGGUCAGCUGAAGGUGGAUGACCUGGAAGGAGCAGAACGGAAAACUUCUUCCGGAUCACAUCUGGGUCUUCAGUUUUCCUGCCGAGUCAUGAUCCAUCAGCAGCUUUCAUCCCGUGACGCUGACUCAUCGCCUCACCCACUUCCUGCUUUGGGAGAUGAAACUUUAUUGACAAUGAGAAACAAACAGCAGACCAGAAGCUUCUGGAUCCUCCACAGAACCCUGAGCCAGAUUCUGAAUCCGUGGUUCUGUUCCAUCUAACUGAACCGGUGCUGGUUCUUUGGAUCGCCUGAAUGAUUCCUAAAAUAAACACAAACAUAUGACAACA